AUGCCAUGGAUAAUCGAUUCAGUGGUUUGCUCGUUUAGGCGCCUGAGAGCACUGAGGAGGGAAGCUCCCCUGUUCAGCAGCAGCCGGGAGCUUUCGGGACCAGCUUUGUGGAAUCACCUCCUGGCGGUGGACGUUCUACAUGAGCUUCUCUUUUCGACGAUUAUGCUGCACUGGAAUCGCUAUGCUCCUUUGCCAGCCUCAGAGCGGGUGCUGCUCCAGGAUUGGGUGGAUAUGCAUCGAGUAGGAGGCAAUCAGAUUGUCCCAGCGGUGGUGCUGACACCAAUCUUCGAGAUGGUCAGCAACUGGAGCUGGGAGCCGCUGCACAUUGGAACUCCGAGCCCUGAUGCCAAUAGCAAUGAGGAUUUACACACACUCUUCGAUGGCUUGGCAUCUGUUGAGGGAUGGGCGUAUACGCUUGGCAAUGAUUUCCUGACCCAUGUGGACGAGACAGCUCAUGGAAUCAUGGAGCAGGAGCACAUCCACAAAGCGCUUGGAUAUGUGUGCGAGGGCACCUUUUCGGCAAGGGAUCCUAUCGGGCAGAGCGCUGUAGCAGCGCCCAUAAGCCACGCCGUCAAGGCCGUGUGUGCUCAAGAUGCAGAAGGGAUGAACUUCUCUUCAGAUGUUUGGAUUUCUUUAUGCGGCCCGCUUCUGUUCUUGGCCUUUGACCAGGUCACCUGCCCCUUCGCUUUCGUGUACACCGGUGAUGCUCAGUUGGCGGACGUAAAUCCUGGCAGAGCAUUGUUUUCGCUUGAAGCCCUACCGCGACGAGACGACCAGGCUUCAAGGCUUGAGAUCAUCCUUUUGCUGCCGGAUGGUCGUUGGCAUAUCUGCUCUCUCCAGAAGUUGGUGCUGCAGCUGGCUGAUCCGAGACAUUUGAAAGAUUGGAUGACCUGCUUUGCGGAUCUGGCUCUCAAAGGAGCUGGUGGAAAUUCCCUGAAGCAUAUUUGA